ACACUCGUGACAGAAGCUUUCAUUUCCUGAUCUACACUCUCCUCGAUCUCAUCAUGGAGUCUCAUACAAACAGAAGAAGAUCAAAAGAAUAUUUUGAAAGAUGUGCACAUUUAAAGCUCGAUGGUUUGAAAGAGGCAGUUAAAGCUUCUCAGUUGGAGAACAAGAACCUUUCCAAAAUGAAUAUUCCUCCGUACCCCAAACCAGAAUUUCAUGUGUCUCAUCUGAAACACGACACAAGCCGAGGAGCUUUAUGUCAGAUAAAGAAGGAUGGAGGUUUCAAGGAUCCAUGCAAGGACAAUAAAGACAAACUGUCUCUGGUGUGGUGGAGUCUGGCUGUGGCACCAGAGGAGAUACGUUCAGCUGAGAGGAGGCUCCUGGAGGAGACCUUCCCAAACCGGUCCGAGGAGCAGGCCUGGAGUCAGCAGAGGUUCCUGAGGAAGUUCGCCUCCUCUCCUGCUUUUAGUGGGAAGUCCAUGUAUGGAUCGUACCGCUUCACCUUCACGGUUGAGGAGGUGCUGAAGGCCUACAGCGAGCAGUUUUGCUCCGGGAUGCUGCCCGUCAUGCGGGUCUUCAAGACUUCCCUGUACAAACAGCAAGUGAUGUAUGCUGUGCUGAUCCACAGCCAGGACGAUGACGAAAACUUUAAACAGUAUCCCAGACUGCCCAAUGAUCCGAAUGCCGUCUGUGCUUACAGAGAUGGACGCUUCAUCUGGAGACCAGAGGCCAUGUGUGAGACACACUGUUACAGGUUGAGUAAAGACGAGAAGAAUGACCUGCUAGUCGCUGAUCGUGUCAAUUAUGAAUUUUAUGUCUGGGAUCACGUCGCCCUCGCCUUGCAUGUGAAGAGCAGACAGGUGCUGAAGUUUGAUUCUGAUGAUCUGGGAAAGAACCUCUCGUUCUGUGAGCGUGAUGAAAGUGCACCCUCAUGUGCAUCAUCUGACUUUGAUACUUAUAAGGACGCUCAAAAACUGAUUACUUCUUUGUGGUCACCGAAGGAGGAGGAGGAUCUAAACAUGCUGAGUAUGGGAGAUCUCUCUCCAAAAAAAAGACGACGAGAUGAUUAAAUGUAGUCUGAAGACUCCCUGCAGUGAGACACCAGCUUCAGUUUGAAUCUCUGGGUUCUGCAAACUUUUCUUGUUCCUUAUUUUUAAGAGACCAAACAUGUAGCUUCAUGUUGGUGUGGUGAAAGCAUUUACAGCAUGUGAAUUUCAUGUUUUAUAUUGUAAUCUUUAGUCUGUGGGGCGAUAAAAGUUUAGUAGAUUAAUUUGAGACUGAAGAAGUCACUUGGAUGAGUGAUGAAACGUUUCUCCCACAAAACGCUACAUCCAGAUGAACAGAAUCAACUUUUGGAGAUUAAUAGAUUAAUAGUUGAUAAAAGGUUUAUUUAACGUACUUCUUGUGGUAACUAAGUGCACAGUAAAAGACAAAUGGUUAAACACUUAUGAUGAUAUGUGAAAUGUGUGAUCAUGUGUUUCAGUGCAGCCUGUCCAGUCUGGGUGUGAUGUGUUCAUGUACCUGAAUUAAAGAGAAAUUUUGCCAUCCUUUACCAAAUGCUUGUGGUAGCUGUAAUGACCCUU